AAAAUAAACAUUUGUCGACACGAGAAAAUCAAAAGAAAAUUAAUAAUUACUGAAAAACUACCUGUUAAUUAAUUAAAAACUGUUGAUCAAAAGACCCUUUGACAUUUCAAGAACGUAAAAAUUAUGUUCAACGCAUUGCGACUCUCUGCAGGUUUAAUUAAACCUUUCACAAAUGUUUCCUCCGGCGUUGGAAGAAACUUGAAUAUUUGUCGAACAUUCUACAAUAAUGCUCCUCGGGGAAAUUCUCUUCGAUUUUCAUCAAACACAAUACAGAAAAGAAUUCUUGAACCACGAAAUGCAUUCAGAAUGGCAAUUAGUCGAUACUGCACCAAAGCUGGAAAAGAUCCAAAGACGAAGAAAGUUGUCGGAUACUGGCUUUUGGGCUCCAGUGGCAUGGUGUUUGUUGCCGUUGUUUUAGGUGGUGUCACGAGAUUGACCGAAUCUGGCUUGUCAAUGGUCACAUGGAAGUUGCUUGGGGAACAACGUCCACGAACGGAAGAGGAAUGGAUUGCGGAAUUUGAGAGAUAUAAACAAUUUCCAGAAUUUAAAAUCAAAAAUCGUGAAAUGACAUUGUCCGAAUUCAAGUUCAUUUAUCACAUGGAAUAUGGUCAUCGGAUGUGGGGACGUGCAAUUGGAGCAUUUUUCGCCCUUCCAGCGAUCUAUUUUUGGUCUCGCGGAUACUUAAAUCGCAGUUUGAAGAUUCGUACAGUUGUGUUUGGCACAUUAAUCGGCAUGCAAGGUCUCAUGGGAUGGUACAUGGUGAAAUCUGGCCUCGAAGAUCGUUUCCACGGCGAAAAUGACGUGCCUCGUGUAUCACAAUAUCGUCUCGCAUCACAUUUAACCUUUGCAUUUGUACUUUACACGAUGUUUUUGUGGUCAGCCUUGGAUAUUUUGCUGCCGGCACAGAAAUUGGCAGGUGCCAUCCCUAAAGCUAGUCAACGUUUCCGCAUGUUGGCACAUUCGACGAAGGGAAUGAUCUUUUUGACAGCUCUUUCGGGUGCUUUUGUUGCUGGAUUGGAUGCCGGUCUCGUUUAUAACUCAUUCCCAAAGAUGGCAGAUCGCUGGAUACCCGAAGAUGUGCUGGCUUUUAGUCCAGCGAUACGAAAUUUCACGGAAAAUCCAACAACGGUGCAGUUUGAUCAUCGUAUUUUGGGAACAUCGACUCUUGCUUUGAUCACGGGGAUGUUUUUGUUGUCUCGUAGACGAGUUUUGCCACCAAGAGCGUACAAGGCAGCGGCAGCAGUGGCAUUUAUGGGAUGGACUCAAGUUGGUUUAGGCAUCGCUACGUUACUUUCUUACGUGCCAGUGUCACUGGCAGCCACUCAUCAGUCGGGAUCAUUAGUUUUAUUGUCGCUCGCAAUCUGGUUGUCGCACGAACUGAAGCACGUGAAGGUGUUAAAGCAUAUUCCGAAGUAAAAAAAAAACUGGAAACAUACAAAGAAAAAUUAAGUUUUAGGUGGAAAACUAGGAAAAAUCUUAAAUUUUCAUAAUUUUUUCCGGAAUUUUUUCAAAUUUUAUUAAAAAAUUGAUUUUUAAUGAUAAAAUUUGAAGAAGAUAAUUGAUUUUCAAAUUUUUUCUGUCAUUUUUAAUUUAAAAAAAAAAUUAAAAAUUCUAGUUUACAUUUAAAUCAUUCAAAAAAUGUACUGAACUUG